AUGGCGGCUUCUUCUGCCACCGGUGGCGGCGGCGUUGGGGCUGGUGGUAGUAAUGGCGGCGGCGUUGGGGCUGGCGGCAUUGGCGUUGGCUUUAGCGGUGGCGGUGGUGUAUCAAAGAAUCUCAACCAUACUUCAACCACGCCCCAAUUGUCCACUCAGCGCUUAGCCAAUUCCAAGAAUUUGCAAUUUUCGUGGUUGAACCAAUCAAGCUCGGCUACGUCUGUGGGUCCAUGGGUCGAGCAACAGCAACAGCAGACAUUGGAAGCGUUGGACAAAAAGACACUAGAAGAAUCAGCUACAAACCAAGUCAACAGUAAUAACCCCGCCAACAACAACAAUAACAGCAACAACAACAGCAAUAGCAACAACAAUCAAGAUUCUUCUGUGGCUACCAUGCAAUCAGGUGAACAGCAUAACGAUAACGAUAACGGUAAUGAGAUGAAGCAACAAAAUAACGACACGAAUAAUAAUGAUAGUAAUGAGUUAAAUGCCAGUAAUGUCAACACCCCCGUGGUUGGUAAUAGGCCGAUUGCCCACCGCAAUAUAUCUCAUGACGACGACGACGAAGACGACGAUGAAUUGAUUCCAACAGCUAUUGUGAUUAAAAAUAUCCCCUUUGCCAUUAAAAAAGAGCAAUUGCUAGAUGUCAUGACAAAAUUGAACUUGCCGUUACCCUAUGCGUUCAACUAUCAUUUUGACAAUGGUGUCUUUAGAGGAUUAGCAUUUGCCAAUUUCACUUCGACCGACGAAACGUCCCUGGUUGUUAACCAGUUGAACGGGAGGGAGAUUGGAGGAAGAAAAUUGCGGGUCGAGUACAAGAAGAUGUUGCCAGCACAGGAAAGAGAACGGAUAGAACGGGAAAAGAGAGAAAAAAGGGGCCAGUUGGAAGAACAGCAUAGAAACACUUCGAAUGCCUCGUUAGCAUCUUUGUUAUCUCAAGCUUCGACUACCGCGGCAACCAAGAAUUUGAGUGUCGCUGGAGGCGGGAUUUCAAGCACCCAAGAGAGAAUAUUUAUCAAUUUACCAUUUGGCAAUUCGCAAUUUGCCGUGCCUCCGAUUGAAGUUGACUUUAACGAUCAUGAGGUUUUGGAAUUGUACACCCAGUUGGUGUUAUACCGUGAUGAUGUCACCAAGUCCAUAUUUGAGUUGGCCAUCUCACCCGUAAACAUCAGCGUCAUGCAACGCAAGAUCAUUUCCUUCUUGUGCAACUAUUUGAAUCUAUUGGAGUUGUUUGACAAUGGAUUGGUGAUUGUGAGAAGAAAGCCCGGUUACAUAUCCAUCGCCCACCUGUCGCAGCAAGUACCCGGUCAAGCACACCAGCUGCAUGUGCCUCCGCAUCACUCCAAUUCCAUGAUGAAUCUCAAUCACAUUUCAAACUCCCUCAACUCGGACUUGAUGAGAUCACAGUCGCAAUCGGCAUUGCCUUUACCGAGAUUGAGGCAACAAACACCAACCCCAAUGCAGCAGCCACAGCAGCAAUUCUCACACCAGCAGCUUCUGCAACAGGCGCAGCAACUUCAACUUCAGCAACAACAAGCUCAACAAGCCCAGCAUCAACAACAACAACAGAAUUUGCAAAGCUUGUCGGUUUAUCAACAACAACAACAACAACAACAACAACAACAGCAGCAGCAACAUCAGCAACAACAACAGCAGCAGCAGCAGCAGCAGCAACAACAGCAUCUUUUUCAACAAAGAUUGUAUUCACAGCAUGGCUUUGGUCAGAACCCACAACAGCAGCAACCGCCGCAAGCAAGUUCGCUUAGCUCGUAUCAACAGAUGCACCAGCAGCCGGGCGUUGCUCCAAACUCAAGCUCUGCUGCUGCUUUGCUUAGAUCUAGCAGCAACAGAUCGUAUGUUGACGUGAGAUCGACUCCACCGUUGAACAGCUUUCCUCAUCAGCAACUCCACCAGCAUCAGCAACAACAGCCACCAAACUCAUCCAUUACAAGUUCCCCCACGCAACAAAACCAGCAACAGUUUUUUACCAACAGUGCUUCAUCUCAACCACAGACUCCCUUGGGUGGAAACUCUCGUUUCCAACCGUUUGGUCAUCACCACGUCACUUCGAGCUUUACAAAUUUACCGCAAACUGCUACAAGUUCAGAUGAAUACAAUAGCAAUUCCGAUAUAUCGUCGAAGUUGAACACAUUAGGUCUCGGCGGAACUGGAAAUGGAGGAUUCGACGGCAGUAACGGAAUCUGGGGAACGAAAUAG